AUGUCAACGCAACCAUCUGCGCCCCCGGCGCCAGACGCUUCACGGUUCACCACAACCUCCCACCUAGUGCACAUCCCUAGCGGCGCACCAUUCUCGCCGAUCCCACAGGUGUUCGCAGUACAGGUUUUGCACAUGCAAGACUCCUUCCAAGUCUGGGCCGGUUUGCCAGCAAGUGGACAGGACGAAGAGGUCGCCUCGCUGCUUGCGAGAAAGCAGACUGUGGCAGAAUCAGACACACAAUCAAGUCAGUGCCUCCAAUUGAAGACAGACGCCGCCAACGUGGAUGAGGAGGAAGAUGAAGAGCUAAAGGCAGCGCUAAAGGCAGCCGGUCGGGACGUUCCCGAAGGGAACAAUUUUUCAGCCAGUGGAAAUGUGGACGGAGGAGAAGACUACAAACGCCUUCCAGCAGGAGCCGUCGCAUCAGAAUGGGCGAUCGCCAUGGCAAGCGCUCCCACUCCAUCAAGCGCACCCUCCCAAGCGCAAGGAUCCUCCCUUUUCCGCACAUCUGCUGACUUGGCGCUACCAAUGGCGCUUCGGAUAGCACGGAAGCUGCAGAUCCGACAAAUCCAUCUAUCGAUCGACGUACCAGCAGAGGUCAUUCAUGCAGCCUCUACAGCGCCCCCGACGAGCAGCGCCAGCAAGACGCUCGUGAUGCUUGAAAAAGGGAUUACAGACAUUCUUAAAGUUUUUGUUCGAUGA